AUAACAGUUAAUCAUCGUCAACGCUAAGAAAUAGUGUCAUGGUGCUUUUUUCCUUCUUACGCUUCUAAUUGUUAGAGUAUAAAUGCUGCGAAUUUGUGCGGUAGCAGUGAUACUCUGUCGAAAACACGCGGUAACGAGAGAAACCUUAUAAUAUUUUGGACCGGAGGGUGGUAAACAGACAUCGGGGCUGUCGACCCGGAAGUGUGUCGGCAAGAGACACAGCUGCCGAACAAUCGGCAGCAGUCCAAAGUAUCAGAAGGAACCUGGAACGAUCAGGUUUAAGAAUGAAUCCUUUGGAAAAUCCGAGAGAAACGCCGAAUGGCGGCUAUGAGAACGCGCCGCGGAUCAGCUACGUCAUGAGCGAGUAUUCCUCGGACGAGGGCAGUACUUCAGCGAAUGAAGAUUACGAGGAGAAUCCGCAGGCCGAGAUUCAAUUAUGGGACGCGUUCAGAACCUUUAUGCGAAAGCCAGAAACUGGCUCGAUGGCUGACAAGAGGUGUUUCGAGAAACUACUUCGUGCAGUCAAAGUUAUCGUCUACGGCGUGGUUUUCAUAGUGGUGCUGGGUGGGAGUGUCGUGUCCAAGGGUACGAUACUCUUCAUGACGUCUCACAUAAGGAACAGGAGAUAUACGUAUUAUUGCAAUUACGAGGCUGGAAGAAGAUACAGACAAUUUGUCGCGACUCUUCCGGACGAAGGGCGAGUUGCUUGGAUGUGGUGCAUCUUUUUUGCAUUCAUCGGUCCGGAGGUCUUCACACUACUUUCAAGCAUCAACGCGUGUAUAUUCAAAAAGUGGAGGAUGCCGCGAGUCGCACCCUUUCUCCUUGUGAUCUUCAUGGAGACCUGCCACACCGUGGGCACCGCGAUGCUCUUCCUCUUGCUGCUGCCAAACAUGGAUGUUGUCCGUGGUGCGAUGAUCACGAAUUGCGUGUGUUUCGUUCCAGGCUUCCUGGCUCUUCUUUCAAGGCACAAGCAACGCGACGACCCCUUGAAGUUUUUGGUGCUCUUCGGUGACUUCGCUGCAUUGCUGGUGCAAGCAACGGCAUUUGUGGUUUGGCCUCUUCUUGAGACAUCUUUAGGAGGAUCGUCGUUGCAUUGGUUCCUGCCUGGAGCACUUUGUUUGAUAUCCUGCCGAUGGUGGAGCAACUACGUAUCCUCGGAUAGUCCUCUUGGUUUCAUUAGAUCCUUGGCGAAAGUGAAGGAAGAGCUGAAGCCAAGUAGGAGCAUCAUGUGCGCUUUAGUGACCAUCUGGAAAAUCUGCAUAUUUCUAACAAGCAUCAUAGUUAUCGCAUGUUGGAACGGUUUAGAUAUUUUCACCUUCUUUCGGCUGUUCAGCGAUGCAUUCGCCGAGUACAAUGUCACAGUGAUUGAGAUCACGUCCAGCAUAGGUGGCGACACCAUUCCGGAUUUCUCGGGAAUGAUUCCCAAUGGCGAGAGCAGCUACGUCACGGCCGAAACUUUUGCACCACUUUACGUCCUGCUGAUUCAUUCGCUUGCUGGCCUACUCGCCUAUUUCUUCGGAAGAUUCGCGUGCAAAACUAUGAUACAGGGCUUCAGUUUUGCUUUUCCCAUUAAUCUAACCGUCCCCGUCUGCAUAACUAUACUCGUAAUAAUGUGCGCUUUGCGUAACCAGGAUGUCUGCGUCUUUCACGACACAAUACCGGACUACCUAUUCUUCGAGUCACCCGCCCUUGUCUCUUUUGGUGACUUUUUAAAUGAGCAAUACGCUUGGAUGUGGCUAUUAUGGCUACUCUCUCAAACGUGGAUUACAAUUCAUAUUUGGUCGCCAAAAUCUGAGAAACUUGCAUCCACAGAGAGGCUCUUCAGUGUACCCAUGUACGACUCUCUUCUAGUCGAUCAAUCUUUGGCUCUCAAUAGGAGGAAGGACGAUGCGCCAGGAGACACUGUGGAUGAGGAUAAGCAAGAGGUCAUAGUUGAAGAAGAGGACAGUCAGAUGAUUUCCAACUCUGCACCGGACGAGUUCUUCAUAUCGAAAGUCAGGAACAGCGAUUAUGUGACGCGCAUUUAUGCUUGCGCUACUAUGUGGCACGAGACCAAGAACGAAAUGACGCAAUUUGUGAGCAGCAUCCUGAGAAUGGAUGAGGAUCAGUGUGCGCGACGGGUCGCUCAGAAAUAUCUCAGAGUACCGAUACAGGAUUAUUACGAACUAGAGACACACAUAUUUUUCGAUGACGCGUUUUGCUGCAUGCACGGAUGCAGCAGCGUGCCCUGCAAACACGACGAGAACGAGUCGCAGGUCAAUCACUACGUGAUGUCGCUGGUGAAAAUUGUCGAGUCUAAUAUCGAAGCGAUGCAGAUGCGUGCGUUGCCGCCAAUCAAAUACCCAACUCCAUAUGGAGGUCGAUUAGUAUGGACGCUUCCUGGAAAAACGAAAAUGAUUGCUCAUCUUAAAGAUAAGAACAAGAUACGUCAUAGAAAACGCUGGAGUCAGGUGAUGUACAUGUACUAUUUGCUGGGAUAUCGAUUGAUGGAACUUCCCAUCGACGUAGAUCGCAAGGAGGUCAUCGCCGAGAAUACGUAUAUCCUCACUCUGGACGGGGAUGUAGAUUUUCAGCCCGAGGCAGUCAGGGUCCUCGUGCAUUUGAUGAAAAGGAAUAAGGAUUUGGGAGCGGCGUGCGGUCGCAUACAUCCCAUUGGAUCUGGACCUAUGGUGUGGUUUCAAAUGUUCGAAUAUGCGAUUGGACAUUGGCUACAAAAGUCAACCGAGCAUCUGAUUGGAUGUGUGCUGUGCAGUCCUGGCUGCUUCUCGCUCUUCAGGGCCAAAGCCUUGAUGGAUGACAACGUAAUGAGGAAAUACGCCACCAAGUCGACGGAGGCAAGACAUUAUGUGCAGUACGAUCAGGGCGAAGAUCGGUGGCUCUGCACGCUCAUUUUACAAAUGGGCUAUCGAGUCGAAUAUUCGGCCGCCAGCGAUGCCUACACUCAUGCACCCGAGACAUUCAACGAAUUCUACAAUCAGCGACGACGCUGGAUUCCAUCGACCAUGGCUAACAUCUUCGACCUGCUAAGCACAGCCAAACAAACCAGACAGAUAAACGAUAACAUAUCCUGGCUUUAUAUCUUCUAUCAGUGGAUGAUAAUGGGCAGUACGAUUCUUGGACCCGGCACGAUUUUUCUUAUGCUCGUUGGGGCAUUCGUGGCGGCCUUUAAUAUAGAUGAGUGGACCAGUUUCUAUUAUAAUCUUAUCCCGGUUUUGAUAUUCGUCAUCGUCUGCUGUAUCUGCAAAGCUACCACACAGCUCUUCAUAGGGGCGAUCAUCAGCACUGUAUACGGCCUGGUAAUGGUCGCCGUACUCGUCGGGAUAAUGAUCCAGAUAGCGGAGGAUGGUUGGCUCGCCCCCAGCACUCUAUUAUUCUUCCUGAUAGCUGGCCAGCUGAUCGUUGCAGGGCUUUUCCAUCCUCAGGAACUUCAAUGUCUCGUAUGGGGAAUUAUUUAUUACGUGACCGUGCCCUCAAUGUACAUGUUGCUCAUUAUAUUUUCACUGUUCAACUUGAAUAAUAUCACUUGGGGAACAAGAGAAACCAAAAAACCAGAUGAGGAAUUGCAAGAAGAACAACAAGCAGAGACCGCGGAGGCGAAAGAAACAAGUGGCAAGAAAGGAAGUGGUUUCUUUAAAUCUCUAAGUGGGACCAAAAAUACGUCGACGACUGGAGCUAUAGUCUUCUCUCUUGCUGGUCUGUUCAAGUGUAUAUUGUGCACGCACGGAAAGCCAUCGGAGGAGGAAAGACGAUUUGACGCCAUUUCUGAAUCAUUGGGAAAAGUCAAUGCGCGGUUAGAAACAAUGGAACGUAAUCUGGAUCAGUCUCAACAGCCAAUCGGACGUAGACGCAGUUCCUUCGUAGGAUGCAGAAUUGGCGCUAGCAAUGACAACCUAGGGGUGAUCAGCGAAGAUUCUGCAGAGGAUGCUGAGUCACACGUUAGCGAUACGGCCUCGGAACUGAGUGACGUCACCGAGAAUUCUGAAGCGAAUCGCGAAAGAACAUUUUUGAUCAGCCCCUAUUGGCUGCAGGAUGAGCGACUUCGCAAGAGCGAAGUGGAUUUCUUAACGAACCCGGAGGAAGGCUUCUGGAAGGAUCUGAUAGGAAAGUACCUAAGGCCCAUAGAUUUGGAUAAUAAGGAACAGAUGAAAACUGCUGAGGAUCUAAGGGAGUUGCGAAACGAGUACAUCUUUAAGUUCUUUAUGAUUAACGCGCUUUUCGUACUGAUUGUCUUUCUUAUGCAAUUGAACAGAGACGUCUUGCAUUUCCAGUGGCCUCUAGGAAUCAUCUACAUCAUAAGCUACGACGAAGCAUCCAUCGAGGUACAUCUGUCCAAAGAAUACUUGCAACUAGAACCCAUUGGCUUCCUUUUUAUUAUAGCCUUCGCGGUAAUCCUUCUGAUUCAAUUCGUGGCCAUGCUUUUCCAUCGAUUUAACACCUUCUCCCAUAUAAUAGCAAAUACCACACUUGACUGCUAUUGUUGUAAAAAGGCAUCGGAUCUCUCUCAAGAAACAAUACUGAACAAUAAUGUCCUGGACAUCGUGCGAGAACUUCAACAAGUCGAUGAUAUUGAUACGGACUUCCGGAAGUCCAGUGCAAUUUCUCCAAAAAGACGCAAAACCAUACACAAGCUCGAAGAGAAUAGACAAAGAAGGCCGACCGUGGGUACAUUCGAAAGUACCUUCCGCAAGAACUUCAAAGAGGCCGACAUAUCUGCACUACCACGACUCGUGUCUGCGAGAAUGUCCAGCAGAGCUUUCAAGGCAUUCGAAGAGCAGCGAACGACUGUAAUGGCAGAACGCAAAAAAUCGCAAUUGCGCAAACAGAGCAACGAAGACAAUAUUUCUUCCAAUGACAUUGAAACUCAUCCAGGAAUGGCUGGUCAAGUCCAUCCAAUGCAUUCCGAUGACGAAAACCCUUACGCCUACGAUAACGACGGAUUGGAACUUCAUGAAUUACCGAUUCGCAAUGUCGUCGCACCACCACGCGUCAGUCAAGUUACAUUCCAAGAAAACACAGAAAAAAAAUAACCACACGAUUUUUGUUUCUUUAAUUCUAUUCUUUGUGUUCUUAUAACGUUAUAUAAUGUACAGUGGAACAUCUUCAUGCGAUAGAUUUCAUGUGCCGGUAAUCGACAAACAUCAGGCGUCUUACAGAUUAGCUUCAAUAAAUGAGCAGCCAAACCGCGUGAUCGUCUGUUUCAGUAACUUUUAGGGAGACCUAAGAACAUGAGGACCAAGUGAUGAUUUAUUAAGAUGCCUGGCUUUUUCCAACUGUGGAAAGAAACUUUACCGGAUUCGGCCAGAGAUUCGAAGUUUGACGACUCUUGUCCGAGUCGAGUACCCAGUGUAUUUUCAACAUACGCUCUUCCGGCGCUUAGCACGCUCCCCCUCUUGCCCAGAGUUCGCCCUUAGCAUCAUUUACAAUCUGUGCCAUUUGGUUUUGUCUGUAUUAGGAACCUAGAGCUGACUGCAGCUGAUUCUAUUAUUUUUUCUUUCCGGCUACCUACAUAACGAAAACUUUUUAUGAAUCCUACAUUCUGAAACCGUCAAUUUUUCGCGGCAUUUGAAUCUAGUUACUUCCAGCUGAACAUCGACAGUAAAUGUUGACGUCCUGCUUGAGAUUUAUUAUUAGAUUCGUGGUAUGUUACAUGUCAUUUCAUAAUGUGACGGUCGCUUAGGUAUUUCAAGAACUCGUGAGAACAAUAACGAGACUAUCGCAGUUAAGGAAUUUAAUUUUAGGCCAUAUUCGAACGUUCAAUAAUUUCUUUUCCUAUUUAUCCUUUUGUAGUAUAACAUCUAAAUUUCUUCUUUGUAUAAAAUCUAAAAUUCUUUAGGAAAUCGAAUAUUAAAAGACAGUCGUAGUGCUAAUGCAGACAAUAAUUUAUUCGAAUAUUUGAUAAGAGCUAUUUUUGUUAAUGCUCCUUGUGCUUCUGAGCCUUCUCUCAUUACACUGCAGGACUCGACUAAUUUAUAAAUAACAAACUAUGCACAACCUUAGAUAAACUGUGCAAAGGCCCAGAAGAACAAGGAGCCUCGUUCAAAAAGCAUUUGAUUGAUAGUUGAUAAAUACUUUGCACUGACAAUGUUAAAUGAAAAUACAAGUGUUAACCUAUGAA